CUCCCCGCCCGGCUCCCCGCCUUUCCUCCUCCUCGCGCAGGCGCAUGCGCGCCGCCCCCCCCCCUCGGCCGGCGGGGAGGGGGAUGCGGACGGGGGAAGAUGGCGGCCUCGAACAACCCGCGGAAAUUCAGCGAGAAGAUCGCGCUGCACAACCAGAAGCAGGCGGAGGAGACGGCGGCCUUCGAGGAGGUCAUGAAGGACCUGAGCCUGACCCGCGCGCACCGGCUACAGCUGCAGAAAACCCAAUAUUUGCAACUGGGACAGAGUCGUGGCCAGUACUACGGGGGGUCUCUGCCAAAUGUGAAUCAGAUUGGAAACAGUGCCAUGGAUCUGCCCUUCCAGCCCAACGGAGCUCUGGCAGAAACCUUUGGAGCAGUUCCUGUCUCUUUGACUCCGUUCCAGUCGUCGGGGUUGGACACGAGCAGGACGACCCGGCACCACGGGCUGGUGGACAGAGUGUACCGGGACAGGAACCGCCUGGGCUCCCCCCACCGCCGGCCCCUCUCCGUGGAUAAACAUGGAAGACAGGUGGACAGCUGUCCCUAUGGAACAGUGUAUCUGUCCCCUCCAUCGGACACGAGCUGGAGAAGGACGAAUUCUGAUUCUGCCUUGCACCAGAGCACCAUGACUCCAGCUCAGCAGGAAUCCUUCUCUGGGGGGUCCCAGGACAUGCAGCAGAAAAGAGUUUUGUUGCUGACUGUCCCUGGAAUGGAGGAAGGCACCUCAGAUGCAGACAAAACCCUCUCCAAGCAAGGCUGGGACACUAAAAAGACUGGGUCAUCCAGACCUAAAUCAUGUGAAGUUCCAGGAAUCAACAUCUUCCCCUCAGCCGACCAGGAGAACACUACAGCCCUGAUUCCUGCCACGCACAACACGGGCGGCUCCCUGCCCGACCUGACCAACAUCCACUUCCCUUCCCCGCUCCCCACGCCGCUGGAUCCCGAGGAAUCCACCUUCCCAGCCCUCAGCAGCUCCAACAGCACCGGGAAUCUUGCUGCCAACCUGACUCACCUGGGCAUCAGCACUGCCAGCCAGGCAGGAAUGACGACGACGCCGGCCCCUUCCCAGCAGCACCGCCCGCCCACCGUGAGCCCCCUGUCCUUGGGCGCGGACUCCAGGCGACCACAGUCCCAGCAAAUGUCCCCCACGCUCUCCCCUCUCUCACCCAUCACUCAGGCCGUGGCUAUGGAUGCAUUGUCCCUGGAGCAGCAGCUUCCCCCGUACCCCUUUUUCACCCAGACGAGUUCCCAGCAGCAGCAGCAGCCACCAGUGGCCAGUUCCCUGCCCCAGAACCCCCCGAUCCUGCCGAGCUCGGGGCUGCAGAGGGGCCCUCAGCUCCCCCCUCUCUCCGUCACGGUACCUUCCACCAUCCCACAGUCGCCUCCGGGGAGCCAGAGCCAGCCCUCCAUGGGGAUAGACAUCAACUCGGCCUCACUCCAGCAGUACCGCAGUAAUGCUGGAUCCCCAGCCAACCAGUCUCCCACCUCUCCUGUCUCCAAUCAAGGCUUCUCUCCUGGCAGCUCCCCUCAACAUUCUUCCAUGCUGGGCAGUGUUUUUGGGGACUCCUAUUAUGAGCAGCAGAUGACAGCUAGGCAGGCUAAUGCCCUCUCCCACCAGCUGGAGCAGUUCAACAUGAUCGAGAACGCCAUCAGCUCCAACAGCCUCUACAGCCCCUGCUCCACCCUCAACUACUCCCAGGCUGCCAUGAUGGGACUGACGGGCAGCCACGGCAGCCUCCAGGACUCGCAGCAGCUCAACUACUCCAGCCACGGGAACAUCCCCAACAUCAUCCUGACAGUGACAGGAGAAUCUCCCCCCAGCCUAUCAAAAGAACUGACCAGCUCUCUGGCGGGAGUGGGGGACGUCAGCUUCGACACGGAUUCCCAGUUCCCCCUGGACGAACUCAAAAUUGACCCCUUGACCUUGGAUGGACUGCACAUGCUCAACGACCCCGACAUGGUCCUCACCGACCCCGCCACAGAGGACACGUUCCGGAUGGACCGGCUGUGAGGGGACCGGGGCCACCGGGGCCGCCCCGCGCGUCCCCCCCCGUCCCCCAGGUCGCGCUUGUCGUCCCGAGCUUGCCGCGCUGCAGCCCCCCCGCCCCGCCCGGCGUCCCCCCCGCGCUGCCGGUCACCAGUAAGGAGUUUCCAUCAGCCUUUCCCUCCCUUUUCCCUUCCUCCUCCUCCUCCUCCUCCCCCCGAAAAGCUCCAGCGUGACGUUGUCGGUGUCUCCUUUGCACUAAGGGAAGAAGGGGCUGGGGAAGGUCGAGAGGUUUCUGGCACCAACACCCCGAUUUUUUUUUUUGGCUGCUGGUUGAGGCGGGGAGGGGGCGGCCCCGUGUGUGCCCCUUCCCCUGUCCCCUCCAGCAGCACCCCCAGCAUUGUGACUCUGCUUUGUGACACCUCCUUCGUAGGCUGAAAGGCUCCUUCCUUCCCCCUCCGUGCCGUGUUUGUCCCCAGGUGUGUCCCCACCCUGGUGUCCCCUUCCCUCCUCAAAGCAGAGCAGCCAAAACCCCCCAAAAAAUCCACCAUAAACACUAUUUUCCCCGCUUUUUUUUUUUUUUUUUUUUUUUAAUUAUUUUAUUUUUUUGUUGUUUUUUGGUUUUUUUUAAAUAUAUAUGUAAUAUAUAUAUAUUUCUAUAUAUGUCUACAUAUAUAGAGAGCAUUUCUGAGCACACAAAAAAGUACUAUAAUUCAUUACUUGAUUAGCACGGAGGAAGGAUCAGAGCAUUUUAAAGCAGCUAAAAAAAAAAAAAAAAUAUAUAGAGGAGACUAACCUGCAUAAUUCUAAUUUUACUCUGUGAGAGAGAUUCCUGGGCAACAGGAAGGGCAUUCCCAUAGCAAUGCCAGGCUUGUUAGAAUCAUGAUGACUUAUUUUUUAUUUUUUAUUCAUUACUUAUUCUGUUACUUAUUUAUGAUUCUUUUGUCGUUGUCGUUGUUCUUUUUUUUUUAUUAUUAUUAUUAUUAUUAUUUAAAUAUUUGGAUAUUAGAAAAGUAGCUAAACUACAUACAGCCAAUUGAAGCACUCUACAUACUACUUGUACAGUACAUCUUUUUGUGGUUUUAUUCCAGAAAUAUAUUAUAUAUAUUAUAUAUAUAGGUAUUUUUAAAACUAACUGGAAUUUUAAACAGGUGUUGAGCAGAAAUAAGGAAGCUUAAGGCAAGUUUAGAUGUUUUCCUUUGAAAAAACAGGCAAAAUAGGGUGGCAGGAACUUAGAUAUUCCUUCUUUCACCCCGGAGGAAAAAAUCUCUUGCUCCACAGUGACCAGGAUUGAAUCCUCCAAAAGGCUGAGAUUCUGUUCAGUUCAGUGGAUAAUUGACUAUUUCUGGUAGUCCUUGUGAAUAUUCUGUGCUGCAGCAUUAAAAAAUCCCACCCAAACCCCCCCGCUUUGACUGGGAAUUGGUGGUUUCACUCCCAUGUCGUGGCUGGAUUGAUGGUGAUUCCCAGAUUUCUGCUCUUGGGUCUCAUAAAAAAGUGAAUUUCAGGAUUUCUUGGGGACUGCUGGUCCCUGGUGGGGCACGGAGGGACCGUCCUGGUUCCCCUGGGAUCUGCCCAGGGACAGGAUCUCCCAGCACCUCUUCAGGAGUCGGGAAUUCACGGGGAAUUAACAUUAUUUUGAGUCUCAUCAGCAAAUUAAACCCACAACCCCCCCCCCGAGGGUGGAGAGGGAAGCACUUCCAGGUGGGAGGGGCCGAGCAGCCACAUGGAUUUUGUCACCUGUCCCCUCAGCAAAGCCCCAUCUCCAUUCCCAGUUCAGCCCAGUUGGAGUUGGUUGAUCCCCAGCUGCUCUUCCCGCUCCUCCCGCAUCACCCGGAUUUGCUUUUUGCCUGAAAACCCCUCCCUUUCUCAGCUCUUUCAGGCAAAACACAACAACCCUCAAGCAAAAAAAAAACAAAACCCAACCCCUCAAGGAAAAAAAACCCCAACCCCUCAAGCAAAAAAAAAACCCCCUCAGCACUUCCCCCCAUCCCAGGAAGGUUUUCCACGUUUCCAGCGAGGGAGGAGCCGGGCUGCUCGUGAGGAGUUACCCCUCGAUUAACGAGUUACCCUGCAAUUAAGGAGUUCUAACUGCUCUCCAGGAGUUACUCUGCUCCUAAUGAGUUAUACUAGGUUUCUGUGUGCUUCCAGAAAUCCGUGGGCUGCCAUCCCGAGAUUCCUGCCGACCCUGCGGAGCGGGAUCGUGGUGGGAGAUCUCUCUGAUCCCGGUGUGUUCGCUCACGUUUUGUGCCAUUUGUUGACCAUUUGCACUAAAAAUGUGUGGGUUUUUUUUUUUUCUCCUUUGAUCUCUUGGUUUUCUCCUGUCUUUUUUUUUUUUUCCCCCCCCCCCCUCCGAGGGUUUUCCCUCCAAUCUCCCGAAAACGUUUUGGGUUUUUUUUUGGGGGGGGGGGGGGGGCAGGAUUUAAGCCCGGUUAGUCCGUGUUGACUCUUGCUGGCUGCUCCUUUCAGAUGGCUAAUGCUUUUCCAAUUUAAGGAGGAGAUAAAAGGCAGCUCAUCCUGAAAAAAAAACCCACAAAAACCAGGAGGAGGGAUUUGGGCACAAAGGUGACUCGGAGCCCUUUGCUGAAGGUGCUGGAAACGCUUCCCGCCGCUCCCGUAGCUCCAGGGGGGGGAAUCUCUGUGUCGCUCUCCCGUUGGAAUGGCUCUCGUGCAUGUGUAAUUCCUUGUCUGUGAUCUAUUUUUUUAAAGCCAGAGUCACUUCAGAGUGUGAAGCAUCCGAGCAGGAGCUGAGAUUCCUCCCAGGGGGAGCCGUGGAUCCCACGCUCCUCCCCGGUUUUUUAACUCCCGUGUGUACAUAAGAGCUCUUUUUGUUUCUUGGACUUGUAAGUAGACAUUGCAAACGGCCUUAAUUUCGGACUAACACAUCUUGGAUGCAACUGUGGGAAUUAGGGACCAUCCAGCUGAGAGAAAUCCAGGUUUUACUCCCUUUGUGUGGGCCUUUGGGGAGAGGGAAGGAGCAGGUGACGUCGUUGUGGGAAUGCUGUGACGGGAUGUGUUGGAUCCCCUGUGGAUCCUCAUGUUCAGGGAGGUAAAAGCUGCUUUUCAUCCCAACGCUUUGAGAUCCGGGGAAGGAAUUCCAGCAGCUCCUGCCUUUCCCUUCCCCAAGGGGAACCUUCCCCCCCAAGGUUUCCUGACACACAUCACGUAGGAGCUGCCCCAGGGGGGGUUUUCCCCCCCUUCUCCCCUUAAAAUUCUGUUUUCUGUGGCAUCAGGCUGAUCUGAAGCAACCCCAGAUCUGGUGGGGUUGUCAGAUGGAAAUGUGGAGAGGAUCCCAAGUGUUUCCAGAACAAAUAAUGGGAUUUUUAUGUCCAGUUUAGCAGUCCUGUUCUCAUUUUAAACGGGGUGUGUGUGAGGGUCCCUUCCCACCAGGCACUGGUGGGAGCAGGAGGAGCAGCAGAAAGGGAAGAAAACCAUCACUUAGCAAAAAAAAAAAAAAACCCCAACCCAAUAUCAAGAAGAAAAUAGUGUUAUUGAUAUUAUUGAUAAGUUUUGAGUUAAAUGCUGUUGAAACUGUCUGGUGUCUCAAAGGGUGACUGUCCAAACAUCCCUGCUGAGUGAACCCCACCCUCCCUACAUGUGUUUUUAUAUCUCUCUCUCUAUAUAUAUAUAUAAAUUAAUUAAAAAAUUCCCAAGCUAGACUGUUGCAUUUGCCAAUACAAUGGGGAAUAACAGGAAUAAACCUUGGGCUUAUCAAAAACUGUGAUUUUUUUUUUUUUAAUAUUUUUUUCUUUUUUUUUUUGUUUUUCUUUUUUCAGAAGCAAACCCCCAGCCCUCGUGCUGGUUGGGUGGGGUUGUGGGGGGAGGCUCUUUUUCCCUGUACAUAGUUUUCCCCUCCGUGCUCCCUCCUCUUCCCGCUGGCUCCCGCAUGUGUGAUCCGGGCCCGGCUCCCACACGGCUUCUGCAUGGCAGGGAGCUCUUGCCAGCCCUCCUUCCCCCCUCCCCAGUGCCACCCCUGCCCUGCACACACAGCCUCGGGCUGGCCUUUGUUCCCCAGUUUUUAUUUUGGGUUCAAAGAGGGGGGGGGGAAAGGUUUCCAGAAAGAGGCUGCCGAGAAAUCGUUCAUUCUUUGUGUGUUUUUUUUGAUUGAAAUUUAAUGGCUUCAAUUAACUGAUUUUAAAGGAGCCUGGAACGCUCCUGGGUGAACCUCAAGCUCAGAGGAGGUUGGAUUUGAUGAUCCUGCAGGUCUUUUCCAACCUGGAUUUGGUGAUUCUUUCCCAACCUUGAUUCAGUGAUUAUUUCCCAACCUUGAUUUGAUGAUUCUUUCCCAACCUUGAUUCAAUGAUUCUUUUCCAACCUGGAUUUGAUGAUUCUUUUCCAACCUGGAUUUGAUGAUUCUUUUCCAACCUGAAUUUGGUGAUUCUUUUCCAACCUGAAUUUGGUGAUUCUUUUCCAACCUGGAUUUGGUGAUUCUUUCCCAACCUGGAUUUGGUGAUUCUUUUCCAAACUUGAUUAAAUCAUUCUUUUCCAACCUUGAUUUGGCGAUUCUUUUCCAACCUUGACUCAAUAAUUCUUUCCCAACCUUGAUUCAAUGAUUCUUUUCCAACCUUGAUUCAGUGAUUCUUUUCCAACCUAAAUUUGGUGGUUCUUUUCCAACCUGGAUUUGGUGAUUAUUUCCCAACUUUGGUUCAAUGAUUCUUUUCCAGCCUGGAUUUGAUGAUUCUUUUCCAAACUGAAUUUGGUGAUUCUUUUCCAAACUGAAUUUGGUGAUUAUUUCCCAACCUUGAUUCAAUGAUUCUUUCCCAACCUGGAUUUGGUGAUUCUUUCCCAACCUGAAGUUGGUGAUUCUUUCCCAACCUUGACUCAGUACCUUUUUUCCCAACCAUGACUCGGUGACUCCAAGACCAGGAGCUGCCCCAAUUUCCCUAAAGCAGCACCCGAUAACACCCAAAAUCCCUGACAUUUCCCUCAAAAAACAAACGGCGUGGCCGUAAAAACCCGGAUUUCCCUAGAAACAACAAUUCAGGCUUGAGCUCUGCCCCUUAAGGAAAGACCCUGGACACGAAGGAAGCGGAAAGGCCCCUCCUCACCCCUUAGGCCCCGACCUACUCCAUGCUUUUUUUUUGGGGAGAAAAAGCCUAAAAACCAGCGCGUUUAUUCCUCGGAGCAACGGCCCCCCCCCGUCACUGUGAUGGCAAUGUGAGAGCGCAGGUAGCCUUUGUUACGUGUGUCUGUUCUUUUUAAAAAAAAAAAAACAACAAAAACCCUAAAAAAAAACCACAACCCCUUCCCUUUAGAAUGAACUUUGUAGUGUUCCUGUUCUUUGUAUUUUGAGUUGCAUCCUUAUUUAUAAAAUAACGGCGCAGUGUAGGCAUGGAUUUGCAUGUCGGGGUUUUUUCUACGCGGGGGGCAACCACGACGUUCUGACUGUGUAUUAUACUAGAAACCAUUUUUACCUUUUUAAACAGAAGGAGAAAAAAAAA